CGCCCGGCCCCGCUCCGGUACCGGCCCCGCUGCCCGCGCCCCGCUCCGGUACCGGCUCCGCGCCCCGCCAUGAGCAGCUCCCAGUUCAACAAGGGCCCGUCCUACGGCCUCUCCGCCGAAGUCAAGAACCGGCUUGCCCAAAAGUAUGACCCGCAGAAGGAGGUCGAGCUGCGGACAUGGAUCGAGAGCGUCACGGGGCAGCAGAUCGGGCCUGAUUUCCAGAAGGGGCUGAAGGACGGGGUGAUCCUCUGCGAGCUCAUGAACAAGCUGCAGCCCAACUCGGUGAGGAAGAUCAACCGCUCAGCUCAGAACUGGCACCAGCUCGAGAACCUCUCCAACUUCAUCAAGGCCAUGGCCAGCUAUGGCAUGAACCCCGUGGACCUCUUUGAAGCCAACGACCUUUUUGAGAGCGGGAACCUGACCCAGGUGCAGGUGUCGCUGCUGGCACUGGCGGGAAUGGCCAAGACGAAGGGGCUGCAGAGCGGAGUGGACAUCGGGGUGAAGUACUCGGAGAAGCAGCAGAGGAAUUUUGACGAGGCCAAGAUGAAGGCUGGGCAGUGUGUGAUUGGGCUGCAGAUGGGCACGAACAAGUGUGCCAGCCAGUCCGGCAUGACAGCCUAUGGCACCCGGAGGCACCUCUACGACCCCAAGAACCAGAUCCUGCCGCCCAUGGACCACUCCACCAUCAGCCUGCAAAUGGGCACCAACAAGUGUGCCAGCCAGGUGGGCAUGACAGCUCCCGGCACCAGGAGACACAUCUACGAUGCCAAGAUGGGGACAGAGAAGUGCGACAACUCCUCCAUGUCACUGCAGAUGGGCUCCAACCAGGGCGCCAACCAGAGCGGGCAGGUCUUUGGCCUCGGCCGCCAGAUCUAUGACCCCAAGUACUGCCCACAGGGCAGCCAGGGCGAGGUGGCCAAUGCUGCCGGUGACCUGGGCGGGGACCCCCCUGGGUACCACUACUACCGGGAGGAGGAGGAGAGCUACUGACGGCACCGGCCCUGUCCGCACCAUCUCAUGUACAGCCACACUGCCAGACACAUUCCAGCCUCCACUUUCAUCAUUCCUUCUUUUUAAACUCUUUUUUAACUUUGGAAAUUAAUCUAUUUUUCUGAGCAAGGAAAUAAAGACCCUGUUUCUAGA